AUGGCGGGCUUUAAACUCAGAAAAGAUAAGCCAGCUUUCGACGAAAAAGGCGACACUGGAAAUAAGAAGCGCACCUACUUCUACACACCAGAUAUUGAAGCCAUGCAUCGAAAAGACAAUGAGAUACAUUUUCUCAGAGUUGUGUCUUUUACCGCAGUUUUCACAAUAAUCAUCGUCCUCGCAUUUUAUAGAUGGAAAGUGUCUCGACUAGAGAAGGUACUGAAGAUAAAAGAUGAACAUUACAUCGGGGCAUUGACUGGUGGAGUGGUAUUGACGGGGGAAGAUAGUUCCGUAAACUCUAUCUCAUCCCAAUCUCAUUUACAUGCUUUCCCGGCGACAAGAGUUGUUCUAGACCAAGCUGAGCAUGCCGGUCUCCAGAGUCGAAGAAGCUCAGAGUUGCCAGAAAAUAGUACCGGAGUCUAUCACUUUGUGCUGUCGAUGUCAGAACGUUUUUUGAACGAAGAACUCAGCACGGUGAAAUGA